GACAGAAGUGGAGUCAACCCGCUAUACCAGUGACAGAACCCGCAUAGAUACACACAUAGAUACAUAGACACAUACACUUAGUGAAUGAACAAGCAUUUACUUGUCUUUAAAACUACACAGUCUGUCAAAACACCAUCAGCAACGUACUGGUGAAGACAAAUGCGCAAUUCCUUGGCAUUAAUGACAGGCAAUAGCCGGGACAGAAGUGGAGUCAACCCGCUAUACCAGUGACAGAACCCGCAUAGAUACAUACAUAGAUACAUAGACACAUACACUUAGUGUAUGAACAAGCAUUUACUUGUCUUUAAAACUACACAGUCUGUCAAAACACCAUCAGCAACGUACUGGUGAAGACAAAUGCGCAAUUCCUUGGCAUUAAUGACGGGCAAUAGCUGGGACAGAAGUGGAGUCAACCCGCUAUACCAGUGACAGAACCCGCAUAGAUACAUACAUAGAUACAUAGACACAUACACUUAGUGAAUGAACAAGCAUUUACUUGUCUUUAAAACUUAACAUUCUGUCAAAAUACCAUAAGCACAACGCACUGGUGAAGAAAAAUGCGCAAUUCCAUGCCAUUAAUGACAGGUAAUAGGAACAGAAGUGGAGUCAACCCGCUAUAACGAGUGACGGAACCCGCAUUGCAUCACAGAAUCAAUUCCUGGCCAGUGCACGCGCCCCAGGCUCUGCCGGCUUAAUUACUCCUUUACCUUUCAGCGCGUGCAGUGCACACUAAUCUGAACCGUUUAGGUGAUGCAUUAACACCGUCAAGUAGCCUAUGUGUUGAGGGAAGCGCUAGGCUUUUUUCUUUUUCUUUUUUUUUUCUUUUUUUGAAGUUUAGCUUCCAGUCAGAGGCGAAGACGAGCGAGAGGCAUCAGCAACAGGGCACUGCCAAUUCACUGGCGAGGACAAUUAUACAGAAAGUAUCUCGAUCGUCUAGACGAACAAUUGAGACCUAACAGCACUGACGUCAUUACUCGAUUUUGAUUGCGUUGCUCUAAUUGUGUGGGGAUUUCUUACAUUUUGCGUCAUUAAAUGGAGCGGCGAAGGUGACGUUUGGACUGUUGCGUUCGAGAGGAGCUCUUUCCAAGACUAAAGCCGGCGCGGAAAAAUAUGUAUGGACGCUAUACACAGGAGUUGGGGGCCUAUGCCAAAGAAGAGGCAGCUCGUCUGCGUGAGGAUGGAGCGCUGCGAAGGACCACCAGUGUGCGCGGCCAGGCUCCAGAACUGCUGGAGUAUGAGAAGAAUCCGUGUGCCAAGUGUCAAGUCUGUACGUCACGGUGUCAGAAGUUCCUGAUUUCCCGUGUGGGUGAAGACUGGAUCUUCCUCAUCCUCCUGGGGCUUCUCAUGGCAUUGGUCAGCUGGGCCAUGGACUACACUAUUGCCUUCUGCCAGCAAGCACAGAAGUGGAUGUAUGGUGGUCUGCACAAUAACAUGCUGCUGCAAUACCUGGCCUGGGUCACCUAUCCAGUAGUUCUCAUCACCUUCUCUGCUGGCUUCACACAGAUACUGGCACCACAGGCAGUGGGCUCUGGGAUCCCAGAGAUGAAGACCAUCCUCCGAGGUGUGGUGCUGAAAGAGUACCUCACUUUCAAAACCUUUGUUGCCAAAGUGAUUGGCUUAACUUGUGCCCUUGGAAGUGGCAUGCCUCUGGGCAAAGAGGGACCGUUUGUUCAUGUUGCCAGUCUGUGUGCUGCUCUGUUGAGCAAAUUCAUGGCCUUGUUUGGAGGAAUCUACAUGGAAGAGCCCUUUGAGGGAAACAAGAAUGAGCUGAGGAACACAGAGAUGCUGUCAGCCGCCUGUGCAGUGGGGGUGGGCUGUUGCUUUGCGGCCCCUAUUGGAGGAGUGCUGUUUAGUAUUGAGGUCACAUCUACGUUCUUUGCCGUGAGGAACUACUGGAGAGGAUUCUUCGCUGCAACCUUCAGUGCCUUUAUCUUCAGGGUGCUGGCAGUGUGGAAUAAGGAUGAGGAGACGAUCACAGCUCUCUUUAAAACACGCUUUCGUCUGGACUUUCCCUUUGACCUUCAAGAGCUUCCAGCUUUUGCGGUGCUCGGAAUUGCCAGUGGUUUUGGAGGGGCGUUGUUUGUGUACCUGAACAGGAUCAUAGUGGAGUCUAUGAGAAAACAGAAAACCAUCAACAAGUUUUUGCUAAAAAAAAGACUAGUGUAUCCGGCAGUGGUCACUCUCCUUAUCUCUACACUCACCUUUCCUCCAGGGUUUGGACAGUUCAUGGCAGGACAGCUUACUCAACAUGAGUCACUAGUGGCACUGUUUGACAACCUGACCUGGUACAAGCAAGGUGUUGCUGAGGAGUUUGAGUACUCAAGUCACGUACCUCAGGCCUGGAAGCACCCGCAAGUCAGUGUGUUCAUCACACUCCUCCUCUUCAUUGUCAUGAAGUUCUGGAUGUCAGCUGUGGCCACAACAAUGCCUGUGCCUUGUGGGGCCUUUAUGCCGGUUUUCCUCAUUGGGGCUGCAUUCGGUCGACUGGUCGGCGAGAGUAUGGCCGCUGUCUUCCCAGACGGGAUACACGCCGACGGCACUGUAUAUCCCAUAGUUCCCGGCGGAUAUGCAGUUGUCGGGGCGGCGGCUCUCUCUGGUGCAGUCACUCACACCGUGUCCACCGCUGUCAUUGUGUUCGAGCUGACCGGUCAAAUCUCACACAUCCUGCCUGUGAUGAUCGCUGUGAUAUUGGCCAAUGCCGUGGCUCAGAGUCUACAGCCUUCCCUCUAUGAUUCCAUCAUCCGGAUCCAGAAACUUCCCUACCUGCCAGAGCUGGGCUGGGGACAAGAGAAAUAUAAUAUCCGCGUGGAGGAUAUAAUGGUGAGAGAUGUGCGGUAUAUCACUCUCUCCUCCUCUUACCGGGACCUGCAGGAAGCUCUUGUAACAGGCCAGCUUAAAACCCUGGCCCUGGUGGAGUCCAAAGAGUCCAUGAUCCUGCUGGGUUCUAUAGAGCGCUCCCAGCUGCAGUCACUGCUCUCGCAGCAGCUCGGCCGAGCUCGCAGGCUGGACUACUUGAGAGAACGUGCUCAGGACAAUGGCACCCAUGUGCCCACCUUCCCCCAAGACUCUCCCUCCAAGACUGGCCGUGGUGUACGUUUCCUGAUCUCCACUGAAGAGUCCUCCUACAGCCCCACGCUGACUAACUCCCAGAUCCCCCUCAAGUCUGCUCUGAAGACGGUGUCUGCAAUCAGCAACACAGAGUCACUGAACAGCUCUCCAAAUCUCUCCUCUGGGGAACCUGUGAAGGAGCAAGUAGAGAGCAAAGCUGGCCCCAAGGCUCCUAAGAGGAGCAGGAGGCCCAAGCGUGUGAAGAUACCCAUGGCGGAUACACCUGAUGUAGAAGAUGACAUGUCAACAGCAGAGAUAGCAGAGUGGGAGGAGCAACAGUUGGAUGAGGCUGUUAAUUUCAACAACUGUAAAAUAGACCCCGCCCCCUUUCAGCUGGUGGAACGGACAUCUUUGCAUAAGACACACACCAUUUUCUCACUACUUGGCCUGGAUCAUGCCUAUGUCACCAGUACCGGACGUCUAGUAGGAGUCGUCUCUUUGAAGGAGCUGCGUAAGGCCAUCGAGGGCUCCGUAACUGUGACCGGAGUGAAAGUCCGUCCCCCGCUGGCCAGCUUUCGCGACAGCGGCAACAGCAGCAGCGUCUCAGAGGUCACAGAGCUCCACAAGUUCUGGAGUCGUCACAAGAGCCUGUCAUUGCCACGGGAACCCAACCUCCCCGACCUGGAUGACCAAACGGAGCAGCCGUCCGAGGGCAGCCUGGUGAAUGAGACGGAGUGCACGGAGCUGUCCAGUCAGAACAGCCCUUUACACACAGACGACCAAUCGGAGCUGCCUUACGCUGAUGUCACGCCCCAAGAGGAGCACAUAUCACAGCUCCCCUGUGACUGUAUCAACCCGAUGGAGGACGGCGGCUCGGAGGCAGUCAGCGAGCAGUGCCCAGCUCCGAAUGAGGAAGCGGUGAACAAGGGAGGCCCCUCGCCGUCAGCCGGUCAGCUGGAAUGACGGCUGCUUGCAGUCGGUAACGCACACUUCAUUUACACCAUAAGCGGGAUUGUGAAGUCAGGUUGAGGAAAACCUGGAGGGAGUCUUUAAGCAGUGAAGCACACUUUCUGCUACUAAUCAAACCAACCCCAAUCGCUGGUCCUGCCUUCACACGAAACAUGCCGUGUGUGUUUGUAUGUGUGGGAUGCAUAGGUGCGUGCUGCAGUGUGAGUGCCGUGUGGCUUUGGAUAUGUUCAGUGAUUUCAGGCGGGCUCAUGAGUGAUCCUCUGUUUGCAUGUGUGCAUUUGUCAUAAAUUUGUUUGAUUUGUGGCUUCGUAGUACAUUUGUUUGUGUGUGUGUGAGAUUCAUUUAAAUAAGUUUACGUUCAAUGAUGUCACAACGUUUUUGUGUGUGCUUGCGGGUUUUCAUCAUCAACGUUUUUGUUUGUCGAUUUGUAGCUUCACGGCGCAUUUGUCUGUGUGUUUCUCCGUCUUUGCGCAAGUGACAGAGUGUGCGUAAGAAAAGCUGAGUGUGUGUGCGAGAGUGACUCAGCUGCACCUAGCCAACGCACCCAUCUGGUGCCGACACUUUAAAUCCAAAUAAAAUUGUCUCUGAGAGCCAAACUACAAUUUUGCUCUAAAUAUAGCCCUUAAUAACCCACACUGCAAGGAAACAUGGAGGGACAGAGCGGGGGAAAUAAAGGGAGCGGGUGGGCAAGAGAGGACACAGAAGACACAGGGAGAACAAGAACAUGAUGCAGAAUGAGAGAAAAACAGAAAGGACACAGAAAAUAGAGUCAUGGGAAGGCAGGAGAACGAAUGGGAGAGUGGGGUAAACUCUGUCGCUUUUUACUUAGGCGAUCAACUAGGCAAGAAGAAACAAGUAAUCAGGCAAAUGAAUAUGCAGAAUAUGUAGGGGCACAGAAAUAUGACUUCUCAAAAAAAAAUGGUGUAGUGACACAACUUACCCCACAUUAGGGGUAAGAUGUGUCAUGAUAAGGGGUAAGGUGAACCAUUGGGGAACGUUUGAACUAUUUCUGGAAAAAUGUGAACAUUUAAUGAAUAUAAUCUCAUUUAAAGUUUUAUUUUGCUGCACAAGAUUUACAUUUUCAUAAAUAACUAGAAAAAUGUUGUGAAUUUGCAGUUGGAUGCAAAGCUUAUCUUCACUAUUAGCCACUGGCACCUUUACACACUUUACCCUAAAGCUAAAAUGUAGGGGGAAACAAAAUAUUCAUAGCUAAUUUUUUUUUUUUUUUAUAAUUCAUACCAUGUUUUAUACACUGGCAAUUCACCAAAAUGUGUGAUUAUAUAUAGUACUGUGCAACAGUCUUAGGCCACCACCAGCUUUGUUUUAAUGACCAUCCAUAUUUAUUUUUUGGUCUUUAUUAUGACAUAAACAGAAAACACAGGAAAUAUGUACACAAAAAAAAAAAAAAAAAAAAAAAAAAAAUCAGUAUUCAGUGUGACCUCCUGGACUUCUUCCAUUUUCUCAAAGGAAAAAUCUGAGAAACUUCUCAUCAUAUUUUGAAAGGUUUCUUGGCCUUCCAGUCCUUUUCCAUUCCAUUUAAGUUCAAGAGAGCCAGUUUCCUGGUAUUGCUCAAGUGUAAGGAGAGGCUUACUAAAUACUUGCCAUUUAGCCUAUAGAAGUCGUUUUUUCUGUUUUUAAAGGGUUAGUUCUCCCAAAAGUGAAAAUUCUGUCAUUAAUUACUCACCCUCAUGUUGGCGCACAUUCUCGUCGCUUCAUAACAUUAAGGUUGAACCACUGUAGUCA